AUGGCCGGCCGGGACUGCCGCAGAGCCACAAAGGCCAUGGUCAAGAUCCUCGAGAUGUUCGAGAACAUUGCCAACCGCAUCAUCAGACUCGCAGAGGGUGUCCUGGAGCGUGAGAGCGCCGCCUCCCAGAUGGUCUCCCGCCCUGUCACGGCGAUUCCAACCACACCUCCGCUGGGGACGUCUGUCUCUUCGAUACCUCCUCUUCUGUCUCCGCGGCACGAGCGGACCUUUUCUUCAGUGUCCAGCUCACCUACGCGCAACAUCACCCCAGUGUCUUCGUUCCUCUCAGCCAAGCGCGUCGACCCCGAUGGCUUCCCCCGCGUGUCUCGAGACGUGAUGAAGGCGAAGAGCCUGAUCGAGAUCGUUGGCCAGGAGUACUUCUUUGCCGAGCUGCACGGCCACUUCUGCAACAUCUUGAACAUGCUCAUCAAGAUGUACGGCUAA